GCCAGUAAAAAAUCAAGAUGGCGGCGACUAGUGAGGGUUGUGGUAAGGAAGAGAUAAAAACACAUUUUAUCACUCGAGAAGGCACAUACAAGCUUAUGCCAUUAUCUGAGUAUUCAAAACCAUCAAGAGUACCAUAUAACGGACAAACGAACACCCCAGCAAAAGUGUCAUUCAUUGAUCUGGGAGAUGAAACUGGGAAUUCAGAACGGAUUUGUUUCAAUGUUGGCAGAGAAUUAUACUUCUAUGUUUACAAAGGUGUUAGAAAGGCAGCUGAUUUAACCAAGCCCAUUGACAAGAGGGUGUAUAAAGGCACAUUUCCGACGUGUCAUGACUUCAACAAGAUGCUGGUGACCAAUGACGGUGUGCAGCUGUUGGUUGGCUUCACGGCCGGUCAGGUGCAGCUCAUAGACCCCAUCAAGAAGGAGCUGAGCAAGCUGUUUAACGAAGAGAGAUUAAUAGACAAAUCAAAAGUGACGUGCAUCAAAUGGUUACCAGGAUCCCUAGAUCACUUCCUUGUCUCGCACUCCAGUGGACAGAUGUACGUGUACAAUGAGGAAAUGCCUUGUGGACCCACGCCCCCUAACUAUCAGCUCUUCAAACAUGGUGACUGUUAUGCCGUGUACACGUGUAAAGCCCGAAGUACACGAAAUCCGAUGUACCGUUGGGUGAUCGGGUCUGGGGCAAUAAACGAGUUCACAUUUUCUCCUUGUUCAAAAUACUUAGCUGUAGUGAGCCAAGAUGGCUACCUCAGGGUGUUUAACUAUGACCGAAUGGAAUUUAUCAGCUCAAUGAAAAGUUACUUUGGUGGAUUGUUGUGCGUGUGCUGGUCACCGGACGGGAAGUAUAUCGUUACUGGAGGUGAGGAUGAUUUAGUGACAGUCUGGUCUUUCCAUGAGAGACGGGUCAUUUGUAGAGGUCAAGGUCACAGGUCAUGGGUCAGCUGCGUGGCCUUUGACCCCUACACAACCACUAUAGAGAAUAUCUGUGAUUCCACUACUGAAGAAGAAGAUCCUCUUAAAACUGAGAAAAAUGGGAACAACGGGUCUAUGUAUCCGAACGGAAUAUAUAACCAGCUGUCAAAUUCAAAUGACAACCAUUCUCGGAAACCUACUACUCCGCCUGUGACCACUAGUGCUAAGACGACGAUUACUUGUUACAGGUUUGGAUCUGUAGGGCAUGAUACACAGUUGUGCCUAUGGGACCUUACAGAGGAUAUUAUCAAGUUGCCUUGUGGACGGAUGCGAGGAAGUGUAGUCUCAAACUCUACUACAACAAACAACUUUAGUAGCCACACUAUCCCCCGCUGUGUUAGUGCUAAUGCAAAAUCACACACUGCAAACGAUAUAACUGUUAUGGAUGGGCAUGCAUAUGCAAGUAAUAAUUCCACUAUGUCUACUGCUAAUAAAUUUGCGACAUUAUCUUUAGGUGAUAGACGUGAGAGUUCGGAUAAAAAGGAACAUAAGAGGAACUUCAGUUUAGCAGGCCGUGGAAGUGAUAAAUCUCAAACGUUGAAAUCUAGUACGAUUCGGCCUCCGGAUAAUGCAAUAAAAUUACUUGGGACUCCAGCAUGUCCGCGCUUGAAUGAAGCUCCGUUGUUAGAACCGUUAGUGUGUAAGAAAAUCUCAGUAGAUAGAUUAACCUCGCUUGAUUUCAGAGAAGAGUGCCUAGUCACAGCCUGCCAGGAGGGCGUGGUGUACACGUGGGCAAGGCCUGGAGCUGUGGGAUUAUUACAACAACACUCUGUAAUCAGUGAGAACUUAUGACCCUAGUCUGUGACUGUGAUCUUGUUUUGCUUGUUACACUGUGAUAUAAGAGAGAGCUACUGGUGAGAGGGGAAAGAGGGUCAGCAACCUAGCCAUCUUACCAAGUCUAAGAGAGCUUCAUCUACAGUCAUGGCUAUAGGACUAGCCCAGCAGCUCCAGAGCAUCAUUGGAAGGCCUUGCAAAAUGUGGACCCUUCUUCUUAUAGGAUGGAACGAUAAUCAUCAUUGGGAGUUUUACUGGAAAGAUUACUAAUCUAACCAAUCCAUGGGCAGGCUCCACUUCAGGUGUCAAUGUUUAACCCAUUUAAGCCUAGUGGACUCUCCCAUCCUUCUAAAUCAAUUUAUUUCCAAAAUUAGGGAUGUCUAGUAUAUUUAUUUAUAUAUUUAGAAUAUUUCUUACAGAAAUUCCUUUAAGCAAACAGCGCAGACGCUGAUGAGACGCCGCAUUAUGCGGCGUUUCAUCUGGGUCUACGCUGUUUGCCAAGGCCUUUUUUCUAGACGCUAGGCAUAAAUGGGUUAAAGAACUGAGGCUGACUGGAGAGCAGAUUCUACAGACAGAAUGGAUGCAUGCGUUAGUAGAGGGCAGCUGACUGGCAAGCUGAAGUUGAAGUGCUAACAUUGCAUCAUUACAGUUAUGUGUCAUUCAGAAGUCCUUACAUUGCAUCAUUACAGUUAUGUGUCAUUCAGAAGUCCUUACAUUGCAUCAUUACAGUUAUGUGUCAUUCAGAAGUCCUUACAUUGCAUCAUUACAGUUAUGUGUCAUUCAGAAGUCCUUCAUUUGUUUCUUGUAUUGUUUGUAACUAGAGGAUAACCAAAAUGACUCUUUAAUAAUUUUUAACCAGCCUGUUACUGCUUUUGCUCAGUUAGUGAUAUAAUUCUAUUGAUAACUCAUGAAAAGCAAACUAAAACGUUUCUGCCAGUACUCAUGGCAGCCUUGAUAUCUUUCUUUGCAAUCAUCUCCAUAUUAAGUCAUUCAAAUGUGCAAGAUUAACAAAGUAUUUAAACAGAAGUUAAAAAAAUAUUAUUGGACAGGAUGGGCAAGUGCAAACCAUUAUGCCUCCCAUUCUGUCAUGACAUAUAGUUGAGAAACAAUCAUAUGAAUCCUUAUCUUACUCGGAGAAUAUCUGAACAAAAAACAUCAUAGACACUUAGAAGUACAGUAAACGAUGAAGGAUGGCAUAUAACUAUGAAAAUAUGUUGUACAUUCUUAUCUCAAUGUGAGUAAAUGUCAAAUGUACUGUAAAUGUAGAUUUUAAUAAUUAUUCACUAAAAGAUGCUCCUUAAGGUUAGAUCACUUUGGCAGAAUAGUUGAAAACUUGUAUUAAUGCUAAACUUAAUAAAGAUUUUACCUUUUCUGUUCUGAGUAUCUUACCUAGAAAAAAAACAAUAUGUUAACAGUGACACAUAAAUGGCCUGAAUAUGUUGAUGAUUCAGAAGGAAGGAAUUUUGACUGUUACAAGUUUGGGUUAAAUAAUGUACCUUUUUCUUUUUGUCCACUGUUGAAUAUACAAUGAAAUUGCCGGUGUCCACGCAUGUGUAGCGGGGACACCAGUGUCUGUGACACAUUUCUAGUUAACCCUUUCCCACUUACAAGCACAGUUUAAAUGGUUAUGUGCAAACUGUAAACAGCAUAUUACCAGAACAACCUGCGAGUAACUCGCAGUCUGUUAAGGUUUUAUGCUAUUUGCUGCUCAUCAGUAUCUAAGGUUUGGAGAUGAAGCCUUCAAAACUUGAAUAUAGUAAAAAAUGUCCUAAUUUAAAUAUAACUUUCAAAAUGACUACAAAUGCGUGAAAAUACGUUACGGUACUAUCUAAGUGGUAAAGGUUUAAGACUCGUGCUGCUUUAAUAUUCAGACACUCCAAUCAUCAUUAACCCUUUGCAUGCUGGGAAAUUUGUUGUCUGCUAAAAUGUCGUCUGCUGAAUUCCUAAAAUUAGCAUUUUUUUCUUUGAUUUUUUUCUUCAAAGAAUACUAUCAGAAUAGCAAACAGUUUGGAUCCUGAUGAGACGCCACGUUCUGUGGCAUCUCAUCUGGAUCCAAACUGUUUGAAAAGGCCUUCAAAAUUUGGUUCCAGCACUGAAAGAGUUACUAAGUUGACACAUAUUCUUGACCUGUUAGCAUUUUAAACAGUCAGCAUAGUAGUGUGCAUAAAACACAUAAAAAGUCAUAUUUUGAUAAAAAAUAGUAUUCAUAUUAUCAAAGUGUAAAAAAAUAAACUGUUAAAACUCAA